UGAGCGGUGGGCGGAGUUUCCAGUCGGUCAGGAAGAGGAGAAAGGCGGACAGAGAGACAUCAAGAUGGCUGCUAUCAGAAAGAAGCUGGUGAUAGUUGGGGAUGGUGCGUGUGGGAAGACCUGUCUUCUCAUCGUCUUCAGUAAGGAUCAGUUCCCAGAGGUCUACGUCCCCACUGUCUUUGAGAACUAUGUGGCAGACAUUGAAGUGGAUGGGAAACAGGUAGAGCUAGCACUUUGGGAUACAGCAGGUCAGGAAGAUUAUGACAGACUGCGGCCUCUCUCCUACCCAGACACUGAUGUUAUCCUCAUGUGCUUCUCUGUGGACAGCCCUGACAGUUUAGAAAAUAUACCUGAAAAGUGGACUCCUGAAGUGAAACACUUUUGCCCAAAUGUUCCUAUCAUCCUCGUUGGCAAUAAGAAAGAUCUGCGCAAUGAUGAGCACACCAGACGAGAGCUUGCCAAAAUGAAACAGGAACCAGUGAAAUGCGAAGAUGGGAAAGAAAUGGCAAACCGCAUCAGUGCCUACGGCUACCAAGAGUGUUCUGCCAAAACCAAAGAUGGUGUGAGGGAAGUCUUUGAGAUGGCAACUAGGGCAGCAUUGCAGGCCAAGAAACGUGGCAAGAAGUCUGCCUGCACUCUGUUAUAGGCUCUGGGAGAUUCGGGAGCUGCCCUUAAGCACACAUGGAGAGGGCAACUUCCACUGUAAUUCGACACAGGGGAAAAUAUUUGGGUGGGUGGGAUUUUUGGGAGGCAGAAAAGUUGUGCAGAUGCUCAAUUUCUGAUCACCCAGCAACCCUCAGCAAAUCAAACGAGAUCUGAAAUGAUUUGAUAGGCUUCAACACCCUGAUUAUCGGUUUAUAGGCUAGGUUGUGUGCCAUGUUUCUUUCAUCCAUCAAUCCAUCAAUUUUUCAGAUCUAAAGGUCUUUGGAGCAGGCGGUGGGAGGGGUGAUUUGAAGUUGAGUAGAUGUAACCAGGGGUUGAAAUGUGCCAUGUUGGGAGUGAACAGAGAAAGGGUCCUUAACAGGCCAAAGACAAUGGGAACAUGCAAGAUAAAGACGAAAUCAUAACACGAGUUUGAAUUAAGACCAUGUCUAAGUGGAUCUUACUCAGCUUCACCCACAUGUAGUGCCUUGAGAGCAGCGGUCAAGGAAAGUAAGUAGAGGGGUCGGGAUUCAUAACUUGGAUAAGGUAUUAUUUGUCAUUUGUAGUGUCCACACCUCACGUUUGUGAAUGCUUUCUCCCUGUCACUGGCUUCAUGCCCAUUUUCUGACUCAGGCGCUAUGCAGGGGUAUGCCUAAACUAGAUUGUAUGAAAUAUUUUCCCGUACCGAAUUAAUUACCUGUACUUUAGAGUGCGUGUAUGCAACUGUAUGGUAGUUUGUUUUCUCCAGUGCAGCUCUGCAUGCAGUGAAUGUGUGUAUAUUUGUGUGGUUGUAUAUUAACAAAAUGUGUCUAUGUACUGUAUGCAUGGAAAGGCCUUCUGCGUCACUGACCUAACCCCUUGUUUCCAUGCCAAAGUUACCCCUGAGGGCCACAUUUCAUGGCUCAGACGGGUAAUGGAAUUAACAGCUACUCAGAGUGACAUAGAAACUUUCACCUUACUGGAAUACAUUGUACUAUAAGCCAGAGGCACAAUCAGGUUAAACAUGUACGUUCUUAGGACCUUUUUUGUGUAUACCAGAUAUUGGUUUGAUUGUGUUAAUCAGUGGGUCAAAUCAUGAGUGAUGUAGUGGAUAAGUUGAAUAUUCUUUCAGAUAGAUGCUAGGCUUAUCUUAUUACUAUAAUGUUCAUUAUGUACUGUAUGUCUUACAAGGCUUUGUAAGGACAUGAUAAUGAUGUGUAUUUCAAGUUUGCCUUUUACUCCACUCUCCCCAUCCCUUUAAUGAUAUUGUCAUUACUGUACUAUAUAACUUUUUAUUGUUGACGUCUCUAAUUUUCUUAGUAUAUUUCAAUCAUUUUACGUAAUCCUGCUGUUAUGAUCAGCUUAUGCCAGUUAAAUGAUAAAUUGUAACCGUUGUCUCCUUUACUUAUAAUGCAAGGUCAUUGCUGGGGUGUUGGGCUUGAAAGUUUAGGGAGUGGGCUGCUAAAGCUUCUUCUUUUUUUUUUCUUUUUUUUUUUUUGUACUGUGAUAUAUGGGAUUUUCUGGAUUUUCUUUCCCCCCCAAAUAAAGCUGGUAUUAGGGUUUUCUGUC